AUGAACGAACAAAACGCGGUCGAAUGUAAAGAAACAGAGUCUGGAGAGAUGCAAACGGUAGUGUCCAGUUACGUGGCGCCGAAUCUGAUUCGACAGGAGAGGCUGGAUGUCCACUACUCUGCGGAUAGCUACACUGAGUACCAGUACGGUGAAGAAGUGGACAGAACAAGUAGUCCAGACACGGAUGAAAAGAUCAAUGUCGAUGAUGAAGAUAAAGAUGAACUGGUCAUAGCUGAUGAUGAUGUGUCAGAAAGGAAUGAAGUUUCCAUCGAAGAAAAAGAAGAGGAAACAGAAGAUAAAGAUCGGAAGAGUGAUAGUACUGAGAGGGAAGAGAGCGGUGAACCGUCAUGGCAUCCUCAUGUGUACGGAAAACCACCGAAAAAGCCCACUCCUCAUACAAUAGAAUAUAUUUUAGGAUUAUCAAAGAACGGGGACGUGUCUAAGGAAGAACCGAAGCGUGUAGUGAGUCAAUUAAUGAACGUUAAGCGUAAUUUCGAUAAAAAAACUUUUUCAUAUCAAGAAAAAAGUACGCAAGUGCAAAAUCUGUCGGACAAAAAGUUUAGUUUAAGUGUGCAUAAAAACAAACUUCAAGAGCAACUAUUGCAGCGCGGUGUUCGAACUAAUGAGAGUGAAUAUGACAAAGUGAUUGCGUUCAAGUCUGAGGAACAGCCGCUCAACCUUUCUGUGCCAAAAUCUAAAGAUACACCGGGAUGGAGCUCUGGCGUGGACGAAGAUAAGUUUAGUAAGGAUAAACAACAAAUGAAACGUAAGAAAUCUACUGAAGAUGUGCGAUCACCUCUUGGAGGUGAAGGGUCGAUGACCAGUGAAGAGGGUGAAGAGAUUGGUAGGCGUAAGAAAGCCAGGACCACCUUCACUGGGCGCCAGAUCUUCGAACUUGAGAAGCUGUUCGAGGUUAAAAAGUAUUUAUCUUCUGGAGAAAGGGCGGAUAUGGCUAAAUUGCUUAACGUGACAGAAACUCAGCGAUCAUCUAUUAUUAUUGCAUUACUAGAUACCAUAAUACAAGAGAAAGAAGGUAUAGAUAUAUUAGAUAGAAGAUAUUUAGAU